CAGAUGCAGAGCUGCCACCACACUCUGUGACAUGCCAUUCCAGUAAACUCGUGUGAACAUGGUACAUCUGUAGUGAGUCUGCUGGUGCCAUCAUGCCCUGUUUGGACCAACAUCUCUCCCACCGCACUUGAUGCCAUCGGAGGCGACGUGCUGCAGAUUGUACAGGCUGGAGUGCGGUCCAUGUGGAGGAUGGGGAACAUGAUGCGAGGUGUGAGUACAGGGAAUAAGGGCAGCACCGACAACCUUGACAACUCUGUGAAAGGUUCAGAAGAUGACAUGGUGGUGGUGCUCAAGGACUACCCCUCUCUUGAAAUCAGCGAGCCCAUCUACAGAACAGGGGAGAAGCUCCGAGUCGUUGCAAAGGAGGCGUACUGGUGGAGAGUUCGCUCUGUUCAAACAGGGAAGGAAAACUAUAUACCAAACAGUCAUGUGGCUAAAGUGUACCAUGGGUGGCUGUUUGAGGGAGUGGAGAGGCAAAAGGCUGAAGAGUUGCUUCUUCUACCAGGGAACAGAGUCGGCUCAUUCCUGGUGCGUGAGAGCAGCAGAGAGAGAGGUCAGUAUUCGCUGUCGGUGAAGCACAGAAGCGUGAAGCACUAUCGUAUCUUCAGACUGGAUAACAGCUGGUACUACAUCUCACCACGUCUCACUUUCCAGUGCUUGGAAGAUAUGAUCAACCAUUAUUCUGACUCUGCAGAUGGUUUAUGCUGUGCGCUGACCUCUCCAUGUCUGUCGGGCACAACUCAGCCACCAGAUGCAAGUCUAGCAGCUCCACCUGUAGUCAUGCGACGCAACUUUGACUGGAACAAAGUAGACAGGAAACAGCUGGUCAGCACAGACAGCUGCAGCGAGAACAUGGUGAGCUACGGAGUCAGGAACAGCAUCGCAGCCUACCUGUCCUUCUCUGGAGAUCAAGAUGCUGCACGGCUAAAAGCAGAGAACAGGAAGAAGAAAAGUAAAUCUGUGUACGCCCUCCCUGAAAACAGCCUCCCAACCGCUGGCUUUGAUGAUGACUUCUAGAGACAGCAGGGACGCUUGAAAGACUGGAAUACCUUCAAGAUGAGGCCAACAGAGGAUGACUGAGGGUCAUAUCCUAAGCAUCAAAGUGUGAUAGUUUCUAGCACUUUGAAAGACUUUAACAAUAAUCCAAAUGGCACAACCAUGUACACAAUGACUGAAUGAACAAUGAGGAGUUGAACUGGAUGACAGUGCAAUUAAACUGUGAAGUGUUUGCUACACACAGGGCUGGAAAACAAAGCCUGGCAUUAUGACAGUAAAAUAAAAGACUUGAAUGCUAUGGAUGUUGCUGGGCAGUAUUAAUGUGUAUAUUAAUGUUAUCAGUUUUCAAACUAUUUUCUGUGUUAAUAAAUGUUGAAUGGUAGAUUGACCAUAAUGUGA